AUGGCUUCACAUUUAAAAUCUCUCCGAUCGGUCUUCAAUGUUAGACAAAUAUCUCGCCCCUGUCAAGUCACCGCUCACAGAUCGUUUGUCAGCUUGCCAGUGGAAAUACCUACUAGUAUCGAUGAGGAGACGCUUCCUCACUACGACGCGAAGCAAUGCUACCCCGUACACAUUGGAGACCUAUUUAAUGAUAGGUAUCGUGUCACCGGAAAGCUUGGCUAUGGAGCCUACUCAACUAGCUGGCUAUGUCAGGAUAUUCAAAACCAAAGCUAUAUUGUGCUGAAGGUAUCUACAUCACUGCAAACUUUACCUUCUACAACGAAUCGCGAAUUCAAAAGUUACGAGCACCUUGCAAAAAUAAACUCGGCACACCCCGGACAAUCGCUGCUUCGAGAGCUCUAUAACUCCUUUGAGCUCCGGGGCUAUACUGGAAACCACCGGUGUCUCGUCCUACAACCGAUGCAUAUGACGCUUCUGGAGACGAUGAACCUAAAUCCAAAGCCAUUUGAUCUCCUUCUUCUUAAGAUGAUGGUCCGACGACUAUUAUUGGCACUUGACUAUUUACAUACCGAAGCGAAUAUUACCCAUACUGGUACUAUAUUUCGCAAAUCUAGAGAGGAAAUAUUUGAAUGCUUAUCUGACUUACGCUAG